GUCUUGUCACAUUAAAUAUCUUAUAUUUUUAUUAAAAAAUAAAGCACAUUUGCCCAUGCUGCUCAAAGGAUUAGUGCGCGCGUGUGCAUUUGCUCUGUGCACGCUUACAGCCACAUUGGUGCAAGCACAAGAUCUCGACUUUACGCCAGGGAAAACAUACAGUGGAAAAGAAAAUGCGCCCUAUUUGAAUGUCAUGAAGAAAUAUAUGAGCCUUUGUGAAGCCUCGUACUACUUUUUGCGUCAAGGAGGUGGGUUCACCUGUGGUGCUGCCUGCAAGGAGCCAGUGUUCCACAAACUGGCCCUCAACACCACCUGGCACAGUCCGAAUCCCGUCUCGGAUGGCUAUAUCGCCAUAAAUACAAAGGACAAGGAGAUAUACGUCGUGUGGACUGGAACCCGAAGACUCCGCGCUAUUGUGGCCGACGCUGUGGUUAUAUUUGAAGGGUUCCCGCCAGAGAUACACAAUUCCGGAGUUCACUAUGGUUUCUACCAAGUCACCUAUGCUGUGCUCCCACAUAUUGUAAAGAACAUCCGCGCAGCUGCUGAAGAUUUCCCCGAUUACAAUAUUGUGUUUUUAGGCCAUUCUCUUGGCGGAGCCAACGCGGUGCUGUCGGCGCUGAUGUUUGUCAGGGAGAACAGUUAUUACAGGGAUAGGAUCCGCGUGUGGACGUUCGGCGAGCCUCGAGUUGGCAACCAUGCAUUCUCCGAGUACUACACCUCGGUGCUUGGCAACCAGACGUUUCGUAUCACCAACCAGGGCGAUUUUGUGCCACACGUUCCGCCAUGGCAGAUCCUUGGAUACCAGCACCAUCCGCUGGAGAUCCACAUUAUCAACAAGGAUUAUGACUUUUAUGUAUGCCAGAAAACUGUCCGCGAGGAUUUGGAUGGCGCGUACAGAUGGCCGACGAUUGACACAGGAUUUUCCGACCACGUCGAUUACUUUGGAAAACCUGAUAUUGGACGCUUCGACGCAUACUUUGAGUUUUAAUUCAUCCAUGUUUGUUUUAUUUGGCAUUGCACAUACAAAAAC